GAAGAAGAAGAAGAAGAAGAAGAAGAAGUAGUAGUAGUAGUAUUGAGACGCGUGUAAAGAAUAUAGUAGUGUACUUUCUGUAACGCACGGUGAUGGAGGGGAAUCUGGAAGAAUUCAUGCGUUACCGAUCUCCGCUUGUUUCCCGGUACGCCAGCAAGGAAAUGGCGUAUAACUUCAGUGAUUAUAACAAGUUUACAACUUGGAGGAAGCUGUGGAUUUAUUUGGCCAAAUCAGAAAAGGAGCUGGGGCUGCCUAUCACUGAUGCUCAGAUCAGUGAGAUGGAGGCUCACAUAGAGAAAAUCGACUUUGCCAUGGCAGCUAUAGAGGAGCGCAAGCUUCGGCAUGAUGUCAUGGCCCAUGUCCACACCUUUGCCCACUGUUGCCCCACUGCAGCUCCCAUUAUCCACCUGGGUGCUACCUCCUGUUACGUGGGAGACAACACAGACCUGAUCAUGCUUCGUGAUGGAUUCGACAUCCUAAUGCCCAAGUUGGCUUGUGUUAUUGAUAGAUUAGCUAAAUUUGCAGAACAAUAUGCUGACUUGCCAACUCUGGGCUUCACCCACUACCAGCCAGCUCAGUUGACUACAGUGGGCAAACGAGCAUGUUUGUGGCUGCAGGACCUAGUCAUGGACGUGCGCAAUCUUCAUAGAGCUCGCGAGGAUCUGCGGUUCCGUGGAGUGAAAGGUACCACAGGGACCCAAGCCAGUUUCCUGCAGCUCUUCCAGGGGGAUCAUGAUAAGGUGGAGGAACUGGAUAGAAUGGUGACUGAGUUGGCCGGAUUUAAAAAGUCAUAUUUAGUGACUGGACAGACAUACAGCCGAAAAGUGGACAUUGACUGUCUCACUGUGCUGGCUAGUUUGGGAGCCACUGUACACAAGAUUUGUACUGAUAUCCGUCUGCUGGCGAACCUGAAAGAGAUCGAGGAACCGUUUGAGAAAGACCAAAUAGGUUCAAGUGCAAUGCCCUAUAAGAGGAACCCGAUGCGUGCAGAGCGUUGCUGUAGUCUGGCUCGUCACCUGGUGGCACUGGUGUCUAAUCCUCUCCAGACUGCUUCUGUGCAGUGGCUGGAAAGGACUCUGGAUGACAGUGCAAACAGGAGAAUCUCUCUGCCUGAGGCCUUCCUCACAGCUGACAUCAUCCUCAGCACCCUGCAGAAUGUCACUGAGGGUCUGGUGGUCUAUCCUAAGGUGAUUGAGAGGCACAUUCGCCAAGAGCUGCCCUUUAUGGCCACUGAGAACAUCAUCAUGGCCAUGGUAAAAGCAGGCGGGAACAGGCAGGAUUGCCAUGAGAAGAUCAGAGUGUUGUCUCAGCAGGCUGCAGCUGUAGUAAAGGAGGAAGGAGGAGAUAAUGACUUCCUGGUUCGAUUGGCUGCUGAUCCCUACUUUGCUCCUAUAAUUAAUCAGCUAGAUGCCCUCCUGGACCCUAAAACAUUCAUUGGCCGAGCCUCACAACAGGUUACCAGAUUUCUCUCUGAAGAGGUUAAACCUGUCCUCGAGCCCUAUAAAAGCAAGUUGGAUGUGAAGAUUGAACUGAACCUCUGAGGCACACAAACAAUCCAAAUCCGCCUACCAACAAAGCUGCAAAACAGUAUUAUGACUUCAGCAUUUUGUCAGCAAAAGUUUUUGAUUUUGUUAAUAAUUUGCUUUACUUUUACAGAAACACUGUCACUGUUUAAAAUUUGAAGAAUUAUUUUGUUGCCAUGAUACAAAAAGUAAAUCCAUUUCAAAACUUGAUUUCAGGAGACUAAAUUUGUAGGUGGUGUUUAUUACUCUGUAAUAAUUAAAGGUGUGGCGGCUAUGA